AUGGCCUCGGAGCCCGCGAGUAGUUCGAGCGGCCAGCGCCAGCGCCGACCACAGGCGUGGCUGGUGUGGUGUUUCGAGCAUUGCAGGAAGGUGGAGAACCAGAACAUGCAUGGCGAGCUGGGGCAGAUUGCCAGUCAGUGCGGCAUGCAACUGGUCCUCCACAAGAAGUUCUCAGGAUUUCUCGAGUGGUUCCGCGAUGUCUCCUCCGAAGACACCGUGCUUCUGCUCACCGACUGGCGGGAGGUGAAGCCCAUCGUGCAGGGACUCGGAGGACAGGGACAGGGAUGUCCCCACCUCCGGCUUUGCAUCCUCGCACAAUCCUUCACAGCCUACCGCAGCGCCGUGAAGUGGGUGAACUCGCAGACAGGUCGAGAAAUGCCGGUCUUCCAUGGGUUUACCUAUGAGUCCGUCCUGCAAGUGACGUUAGACCAUAUGGCCGAAGCUGCGGCGACUAUUGGUUACUCGCAUCAGGCGCAGGAGGCUGAGGAGCCACCGUCGCAACUCGAAGGGUAUAUUCCUCUGCGAUCUAGCUCCAGCUACCGUGACCUGACUGCGGCACAACAUCCUCAGCCUGCGCCUCGGUCCCGCACCGUGGGCUUCGUUCCGCUACCUGAAAGUCUGGCAGAUCCGGACGUGCGGGCAGCCCUUGCCGCCAGAUUGGACGAGGUGAUGCAGCAGAGCCAAUGGGUGGUGUAUGAAGACUGA